AUGCUUUUGAGUACUUUGAAACUGCGUGGUGCUUCCAUGCCACUAGGAGCCUAUAGGCUCGCUAUUCGGUUCAAUAGCAGUAAUGCUGCGACCACCAGUGGUGCUUCACCAUUCUCAGAUAAUUUACAGAAGAUGUACUCCAAUCUAAAAGAUGAUGAGAGGCUGGCUGACGGUUCGCCAGAUUACGUUCGGUUGAUUCUACGGUCUAGCGUUUACGACGUUAUUGAAGAGACUGCGAUUUCGCAUGCGGUUUCGUUAUCGUCAAGACUAAAUACCACGGUGCAAUUGAAGAGAGAAGACUUGUUGCCCGUGUUUUCGUUCAAGUUGCGUGGUGCUUACAACAUGAUUGCCACGCUUGACGAUGCGCAGAAGAAUGCUGGUGUUAUUGCAUGUAGUGCGGGGAAUCAUGCACAGGGUGUUGCGUUUUCGAGUAAGCAUAUGAACAUUCCUGCUACUAUCGUGAUGCCUGUGUCGACGCCAUCUAUCAAGUACCAGAAUGUGUCUAGAUUAGGAGCACAAGUUGUGCUUUAUGGUAACGAUUUCGAUGAGGCUAAGCUGGAGUGUUCGAGAUUGGCUGAAGAACGUGGGAUGACCGAUAUCCCACCGUUUGACCAUCCAUACGUUAUUGCUGGUCAAGGUACCAUUGCGAUGGAAAUCUUGAGACAGGUGCACAAGGGCUCCAACAUUGGCGCAGUGUUCUGCGCUGUUGGUGGUGGUGGUUUGAUCUCUGGUAUCGGUUCAUACUUGAAGAGAAUUGCGCCUCAAAUCAAGAUCAUCGGUGUUGAAACAUACGACGCUCCUACACUACACACUUCUUUGACUAACGGCAAGCGUACAUCUUUGAAAUCUGUUGGAACCUUUGCGGAUGGUACCUCAGUGCGCCUGAUUGGUGAAGAAACCUUCAGAGUAUGCCAAGAUGUAGUCGAUGAGGUCAUCCUCGUGAACACGGACGAAAUCUGUGCUGCAGUUAAGGACGUAUUCGAAGACACCAGAUCAAUUGUAGAACCUAGUGGUGCUCUUUCGGUUGCCGGGUUGAAGAAAUACGUGACACAGCUGCACCCAGAAAUCGACCACUCCAAGAAAACUUACGUGCCAAUCUUGUCUGGUGCCAACAUGAACUUCGACCGUUUAAGAUUUGUGUCUGAAAGAGCCGUGUUGGGUGAAGGUAAGGAAGUUUUCAUGCUUGUUACUAUCCCCGAUAUUCCAGGUUCCUUUAAGAAGCUACAAAACGUUAUCCACCCAAGAGCAGUGACCGAGUUCUCGUACAGAUACAACGUGCACCGUCAUGACUCUGAAAACGACGUCCCUAUGGCCUGCAUAUACACAUCUUUCAACGUCGUUGACCGUGAAAAGGAAAUCAAGCAAGUGGUGCAACAGCUAAGUGCGCUUGGCUUUGAAGCAGUUGAUAUUUCUGACAACGAAAUGGCCAAGUCUCACGGGAGAUACCUAGUCGGAGGCGCGUCAGAAAUUCCUAACGAAAGAGUUAUUGCAUUUGAGUUCCCAGAAAGACCCGGUGCAUUGACCAAGUUCCUCUCUGGUCUCAGCGCUUCCUGGAACUUGACUUUGUUCCACUACAGAAACCAUGGCGCAGAUAUCGGUAAGAUCUUGGCAGGUAUCAGUGUCCCACCAAGCGACAACGAAAUCUUCCAAAAAUUCUUGGACGACUUAGGCUACAAAUACCAUGAAGAAACAGACAACAUGGUCUAUAGAAAAUUCUUGAAGUACUAA